AUGUCUAUAUCUAAAGUUUGUUGGGUUAUAUCCGUUAUUAGUCUCCAAUUUUUGUUGGUAAAUUGUUAUUCUACAAAGAGUCUUGUUCCGGCUUUGUAUGUUUUUGGUGAUUCAACUGUAGAUGCUGGAAAUAACAACAAUUUGAAUACCAUUGCCAAAGCUAAUACUUUCCCUUAUGGCAUAGAUUUCAAUAAUUGCUCUACUGGAAGGUUUAGCAAUGGCAAAACCUUUGCAGAUCUUAUUGCUAUUAAAUUAGGUUUACCGAUGCCACCUCCAUACAUCAGUGUCUCGGCAACUGACAGAUAUCAAAUAGCAUCGGGUAUCAACUAUGCAUCAGGUUCAUGUGGAAUCUUGAAUUCAACAAGAAAUGGAGAAUGCUUGUCAUUGGAGAAACAAAUUGAAUAUUUCACUUCAACAGUGAUGAAUGAUAUUCCAAGAAACUUUCAGAGCAAAACAAAAUUGAAAAAAUACUUAUCAAAAUCUAUAUUUCUAUUAUCAACUGGUUCCAAUGAUUACCUUCUCAAUUAUUUUAAACAAGUGGGAAAAAACAAAAUGGUUAAUCCUGAAGAAUUUACAGAUUACCUUAUCGACCAACUUGGUUCCAAUAUUAAAAAAAUUUAUGAUCUAGGUGGAAGAAAAUUUGUGAUAAUUGGCAUUGGUCCAAUAGGUUGUAUCCCAGGUUUUGUCAUAAGAAAACCACAUACUCAAGAUUGCAAUGAACUUAUUAAUCAAGUAGUUAAGCUCUUCACAAACAAGCUUCCAAGAAAGCUUCAAGAGUUGAAAUUGAAAGCCAAACUCUCAGGAUCAAUAUUCACUAUUUUGGACAGUUUCAACUUAUUCAUGAAAAUACAAAAUUCUCCUGAAAAUUAUGGGUUGACAAAUAUUUGGGAUUCAUGUGUUGGAGAAGGAGGAAAACCUUGUGGAAAUCGAAAGAAAUAUUAUUUUUACGAUUUUGCCCAUAGCACUGAAGCUGUAAAUGAAAUAUUUGCGGAUAAAUGUUUUGGUGGAAGGGGUGUAUGUUUUCCUAUGAAUAUUGAGAAAUUAGUUCAUGCACAUUAA